GUUGGCGUGCUGUACGGUGUGGCGUUCCCUGCUGGCGUGUGCUACUUGAUUGCUCGCCACGUGGGAGCGAGCUUCACGAGGUACUGGCAGUUUUCGAGGAAGCCGCUGCACGAGCGCCUGCUGUACCCCGUCGGGUAUUGGCACCCCGCGGCGCAGCAGCGGAUGUACGGCAGCAUGCUGACGAGCAUGAGGGGCAGCCGCGUGUACUGGUGCGUGUUCCAGCUGUCGGUGCUGUGUGUGGUGGGCCUGAUUGCGGCUGUGCACCCGCCCGUGGGAGGCUGCCACGUCCAGUACUUCUGCAUGGCGGCAGUGCUGCUUGCGGGUGCGGGCGUGGUUGCCUUCACGAACAUGAUGCGCUCGGCCUUCCUGACGGUGAUGCACGCGGCGAGUUUUGUGCUGCUUGCGGCGCUGUGCGUGGUGAGCGCGGCCAACCAUCUUGCGCCGAGCGACGGCGGUGCGAGGGCGUACGCGGCGAUGGUGCUGCUGCUGACCAUCGUGCUGGUUGCGGUCACUGUGUACGGCGUCGUUGUGUGGUACGUGGAGGACCACCACUGGCAGGAGCUGCGCGAGCCUCGGCGUGGUGGACUGGAUGCGCUGCUGCGCGAUGACGAGGAGAGCGACGAAGAGACGCGGAAGCCGUACGACAUGGCGUCAUCGUCGUACGCCUCAGACACCACCGGCGCGUCCUUGUACCGACCACCCGCAGUGCCGUUGCAGUCUGUGGCCGGUGACACCCGCUCAGACGCACUGAGUCUACUUGACCGUGCAUCCAGUGCGAGCCGCAAAAGUGAUCGCGCCCUCCUGUGA